CAUGCCUUUGGCUUUGCCGACCGCUGCACCUCCCCAAGAACCAGCACUUGUGUCGCUCUCACAGCCACGACCAGCAGUGUCACAGCCGCACCCGGUUCCAAUUGAUUGACUGUAGACCACUGGUGAUUUGUCGAAGAUUUGGUACCAUUCGAUUAAGAAUUCUACGAGUUAAUGAGCUUAACUUGAAGACAGUCUGUAAACAAUUUGAAGACGAAAUAUAAGAUUGACUGUAGACCACUGGUGAUUUGUCGAAGAUUUGGUACCAUUCGAUUAAGAAUUCUACGAGUUAAUGAGCUUAACUUGAAGACAGUCUGUAAACAAUUUGAAGACGAAAUAUAAGGUUGCAUGAUUGUAGUAUUUGUAACUUGCUUCAGCUUGACAUUCACCACACUCAUCAGAUCAACAUGGAUAUUGCAAAGGCAAUCAAGUUUCCUCAAAACAACAUCAAGGCACCACUGAAGGCAACCGUCGUAGCAGUUGGCCCACAGAAAUCAUUUCAAAAUACCAAUGGAACAAACGUGUGGACAGCAGCCAUAGCUGACAAGACUGCAGCCAUGAAGAUCAAUAUUUAUGACCAGACACAUGCACAGAAAUUUAUACCAAACAACACGAUCCUCAUCACCAAUUACUCCUCCAAAGGCACACACAUCACAACUAAUAACAAAACGAAGAUAUACAAAACCAAGACAAUGGUCAUCUCAACCGAACUGAGAACAAGAGCCAAUGACAUAAUUAACCCACCUGAUGCCCCACUUGUCACCAUUCAACAGGCAACAUCAUCACCCUUGAAGACCACAGUGACAAUUGAGGGAACAGUAACACAGGCAGAUGCUAUUCGCAUGGUAAACCUACGCAAUUCACCACAAUCAGUCCCAAUCAAAGACUUGACCAUCAAGACAAAACAGGCAGCAUUCGAUGCUCACUUUGGAGAGAUGCCGCAACAGCAGCCACGAUCCCCCAACCUGGUGAUUUUGUGCGAAUAACAAAUGCAUAUGUGGGCCGCUUCCAAAACACCACAAAUCUCAGCACCACUGAAUCAUCUACAAUCACUACUCCUGAGCAACCACCAAAUGACAUCAUAACAACCAUGAUUGGCAUUGCAGACACAGAGAUGGAACAUGAAAUUACAAUUCUCACAAAUGACCAAGAACAAAACUGCGAGGAAUUCACCACCAACUUGCCAGCACUACUACAGUUCCUCAACUCUGUCGAUGACCUACCACCAAUCAGCAACAUCACUGACAUUGAGGACAAUUUGCCCAUUGCACUCAAUUUCUCUGCAAGCCAUACCAACAACAUCAUUGAGUAUCGGCCAGAUCAUACCAACAUGUAAUAGUCGAGCCUACACUGUACAUGUUAGCAUAAUGCAGCCGUCAAUGUGAAUCCUGUACUCCCCCUCCUCAGGCACUCGACACUUAAUUGGCGCAUUUUUGUUCGG